AUUUAUAUGUUUCCUGCCUUUCUGCCUGAACACUCGCGCUGGUGCCCAAGCGUUUGCUCCCUGAACGCCCUCUCGCUGCAGCUUGCUUCCAGGCUGCUGGUUUUGAACACGCGAACUAUCACUCCUGCAGCAGCUUGUGCUUAGUCACCGCGACAGCCGCGUGCCCGCGCGCUGACAGCCACACCUAGUCGACGAACCCGGCUCGGCGCGGCUUCUGCGUCGACCCCGCUGGCCACGCAAGGGGCGGCAGAGCUUAGUGCGCUCAGAAUGUAGGCCGUGAAGUGCCGGCACGCACUGUAAGCGCGCUGUGAGGACGUGCAGCGUGUAGAGCCCAUGGACGAGUUUGAGGAGCUUGGGGACGAGUUUCCCGACAUUCAUGGCUUGUUCCUGUACUACAAUGACCUGUACUUCGGCGGCGUGCUGCUGUCCAACACAACUGUUGCAUGGAGCUCAGCCCGCAUGACCUCCUGCGGUGGCACUUGCCGCUACCACCCGCAAGCCGGCUGUGAGAUCCGCCUCAGCGAGCCGCUACUCAAGCUCCGGCCAGUCCGUGACAUGAAAAUGGUGCUGCUGCACGAAAUGAUCCACGCCCACAACAUGACACUGAAGAUCUACGACCCUGACCCCGGAGGGCACGGGCCGCCGUUCAAGGCGCUCAUGGACAAGAUCAACAAGUCAACAGUACCGGAUCCUCAGCGGCCGCCCGGCGGCUACAACAUCACCACCACUCACAGCAUGCACGGCGAGGUCAAUAACUACCGCACCCACCACUGGGAGUGUGACCGCUGCAAGAAGCUGAUCCGGCGCUCCAUGAACCGCCCGCCGCAGGAGGCCGACUGCUUCGGCAUCCGCACGCGGGGGCCCACGGGCGCCGCAUGCCGCGACCCCAACUGCGCCUACCACGUGCACAUCCGCACCUGUGGCGGCACCUUCGUCAAGGUCAAGGAGCCGGAGAAGCCGCCCAAGCACAAGCCGCAGAAGCAGUCGGCCUCCGCGUCCGCCUCAGCAGGGUUGGCGGGGGCGGCGGGGGCGGCAGGAGGGUCCGGCGCAGGCAAGAAAAAGGCAUCCUCGGUGCCACCGGUGCUGCCGCCGGGCCAGCGCAGCAUAGACAGCAUGCUGGGCUUGAAGCGGCCGGCGGUCGGCAGUGCCUCUCCUGAGAGCCCAGGCUCACCGCGUCCGCGCAUUGCGGCUGGCGGCGCCGCCGCAGCGGCAACUAGCACCUGUGAUGCAGUUGCAGGUGCUGGAGCUGACACUGGCGCUGGGGCUGCGGGAGGCAAGGGGCGGGUCAGUACCAGCGCAGCAGCCGAUGGCACUGCGGGCAUGGCAGCACGGGGCGGACCGGCGUCUCGGGGUGCAGCAGGAGGCGGUGGACAGGGAUCGCGGCCAGGCUCAACUCUCGGCAGCGCCUCUGAGGCCCCUGAAGCUCAAGGCGGAGCAGCAGCAGCAGCAGCAGCAGCAGCCACUGGCGGUGUGCCGCCGCCCGACGCGCCGGACCCCACGCCCAUGUCAGCGGAUGAACUGCGGCGCAGGUGCGCGGAGGCGGCACUCGCGCGCUUUGGCGGCGGCUACAGGGCUGACGGCGGCGGCAGCGGGAAAGGCGGCGGCAGCGGCGGCAGCGCUGGGCCGCUCGGGCCCAGGCCACCACUACAGGCUGUAGCCGGUAGCGCCGCUGCCGCCCCGUCAGGUGGUGGCACGGGCACGUACACAGGACCGACUGCGUCCGGACUGCCGCCGCAAGGCCGGAGCCACGCCGAGCAGGACAGCAAUCUUGGUCCAGGCCACGACGCCGCCGGCAAGGCCGGCAGGACCAGCACCAGCGGCGUUGCGCCGAGCCCUGGGGCUCCAUCGCUAUCUGGCUCUGCGGCAGCGCCGGCGCACGCCGCGGCGCCAGCAACUGUGCCCGCAGCCAAAGCCGCACCGCAGCCGCAGGCGCCGCCGUGGCCGCCUGACGUGGACGUGUUGCUGGUGGACGACUCGGACGAUGAGGAUGGCGUCGAUGGAGGGGCGCAGCAGGAGCAGGAGCAGGAGCAUGGAGAAGCACAGCUGGAGGGCGACAGGGUGGCAGGGCAUGGGGGGCCGCAGGGCAGCGGCGGCGACGCAGAGAUAAUUGAUCUGGUGGAUUCGGAUGACGAUUGACGGAUAUGGCUACGCGGAUUAGGCAGACACGGUGCGCAUUGGCAGAAUGCCAAGGCAUGGAAGGAUUCUGGUACGUAACAGCGCUGCGUAGUCAUGCGUUUGGUCUUUGGUCGUUUCGUUUUCUCAAGCGCCCGUGCCUGACCCCUGCACCUGCUUGUGUUCGAACGCUCUCGGCGCGACGGGUGCACGGCCUGCAUACCUAGCGCUGGCGUAGCAGGCUGUGAAAGUAGGACGUGAGUCAAGUGACGCGUCAACCUACUCGAGUCUGGAACGGUCUGGAUGGGGAUGGGGGGCCGGGCGCUUGACUCAGCGCAAUGAGUGAUGGCCGUCCGGAAUGACUGUGCAUAGACGUCGGGCCCAAAACAGUUCACUGCCUGACAUUCACGUUUAUCACGUCAUUCAAGAACACUGAAGGCCGUCACGAACCGCAAA